AAUUAUAUUUGCUUUUAAUUUUGUUUCCAGACAGCUUGGCCUGAACAUUUAUGAUGUGACUUGGAAACCAUAUCAAAUUGUGAUUUAUAGUUGCUCGUAAUUGUGUGAAGACUGAAGAUACGCUGGAUGCCGCUUUUCUUUUCUUUUUUUUCUCCUUGCAUCCCCCAUUCUUGUGCUUACAGAGUGUUCUUGAGUGUAACGUGGUGAAAGGCCAACAUCUCUGCUUUCAUUGCUUUUCCUUGUACAAGCCACAGCAAACGAAGGUUUAAUUUCUCCUUAACAUGAGGCUGUGUGAAAUGAGUUGUGGUUUGUAUUUGAUAAUUGGGUUGGGUUUUUUUUCUCCUUGCUUCAGUUUCGACCGGUUCUGUGUUGUCAUGAUGAUCACCCUUUUGUAGGGUGGAGAGAGUGGUGUUUUUUAGUUAAGCUGGAUGAGAAUGUUUUGCAAAACAUGAAUGGGGAGGGGGAAGACUUUUAUUUGUGGUAAGGCAUCUGUUAAGUGCAUGGAUGUCAAAUCUGCUUCACAGUCCUCUGGCACCAGUAUCACCGUGGACAUCGCAGUGAUGGGAGAGGCACACGGGCUCAUCACAGACCUUCUGGCCGACCCCUCGCUGCCCCCCAACGUGUGCACGUCGCUGAGAACAGUGAGCAACCUGCUCAACACACAGCUAACCUUCCAGGCCAUCCACAAGCCAAGGGUGAACCCCUUGGUGUCCUUCAGUGAGAACUACACCUGCUCCGACUCGGAGGAGUGCCCGGAGAAAGGAGAGAAACUCGCGAUUCCCAAGCGCUUACGGAGGAGUUUGCCUCCAGGACUGCUGAGACGAGUGUCCUCAACCUGGACCACAACAACAUCAGCCACAGGACUGCCCACCCUGGAGCCAGCUCGAGUGAGGAGGGACCGCAGUGCCAGCAUCAAACCUCUCGAGUCAUCUUCAGCCAGCUCUGAGUCCUGGAACAGCUCCCUCCCGAUGACAAUCACAAAGAGCAGGUCCUUCUCCACCUCCUACGCCGUGUCCUCUGCCAACCACCUGAACGCCAAGAGGCAGAGCCGCCAAGGUAUCCCUCCAAAUAUUUCACCUCUCACCUCCCCGUGCCAUUCACCGAUUCAGGGGACGCCUGCCACCAGUCCUACUGGGAAAACAUCUUCUGUGUCAUUUCCAGAGCCCACAGACACUGACACCAAGCAGGGCUUAAAGCCACACAAAGUCUUAACUUCUACUCAGAGUGCACCUACCCUGUCAGACCCUAUUAUCAGCCCCUCCAUCAUCUGCAGCAGCUGUGGCAGACCCUACAACCAAAUAGAAGCCAGUGAUGGGACACUAAAUAGAAAUGAUGCUACUACACACACCCUGAACAGAACAGAUGACCCUGCCCAAGCCACUUCUGACUACGAGACCAACAACAGCGACAGCAGCGACAUCGUGCAGAACGACGACGACGCGGAUUGCUCCAAGGAGCAGCCACGGAAGGGAUCUGGCUGUAGGUCCUACACGCCCGAGACCAUCAUCCUGCAUCCCUUGAUACCACCUGAGGACAAGCCUAUUCUGGCUCCUGAGCCUCUGGUUAUGGACAACUUGGAUCCCCUGAUGGAGCAGCUAAAUAGUUGGAACUUCCCAAUCUUUGAUUUGGUGGAAAAAAUUGGGAAGAAAUGUGGUCGGAUUCUCAGUCAGGUAUCAUACAGGCUCUUUGAAGACAUGGGGCUGUUUGAAACCUUUAAAAUACCAGUGAGGGAAUUUAUGAACUACUUUCAUGCCUUGGAGUGUGGAUACCGAGAGAUACCUUAUCACAACCGAAUCCACGCCACCGACGUUCUCCACGCCGUGUGGUACCUCACAACCCAGCCCAUCCCAGGACUCCCAACUGUGAUCAACGACCACGGGUCAGCAAGUGAUUCAGAUUCUGACAGUGGGAUCACUCACGGCCAUAUGGGCUACGUGUUUUCAAAGACAUACACACCUACAGACGACAGCUACGGGUGCCUGGCUGGCAACAUCCCUGCCCUGGAGCUGAUGGCUCUUUAUGUAGCUGCAGCCAUGCAUGACUACGAUCACCCAGGAAGGACCAAUGCCUUCCUGGUAGCAACGAGUGCUCCUCAGGCGGUGCUGUACAACGACCGCUCCGUGCUGGAGAACCACCACGCUGCUGCUGCCUGGAACCUCCUGCUGUCCAGGCCAGAGUACAACUUCCUGCUCAACCUGGACCAUGUGGAGUUCAAGCAUUUCCGCUUCCUCGUCAUCGAGGCCAUCCUGGCCACUGACCUGAAGAAACACUUCGACUUUGUCGCCAAAUUCAACGCCAAGGUGAACGAUGAUGUUGGCAUUGACUGGACCAACGAGAACGACCGCCUGCUGGUUUGUCAGAUGUGCAUCAAGCUGGCUGACAUCAAUGGGCCUGCAAAAUGCAAGGACUUGCACCUGCAGUGGACAGAGGGCAUCGUCAAUGAGUUUUAUGAACAGGGGGAUGAAGAGGCCAGCCUGGGCCUGCCCAUCAGCCCCUUCAUGGACCGCUCUGCCCCGCAGCUGGCACACCUCCAGGAAUCCUUCAUCACCCACAUCGUGGGGCCCCUCUGCAACUCCUACGACUCAGCAGGGCUGAUGCCAGGAAAAUGGGUAGAGGAGAGUGAUGAGUCAGGAGACACUGAUGAGCAAGAGGAGGAGGAGGAAGCAGCAGAAAUGGAGACUUGUGAAAACGACGAAUCCAGAAAGAAGAAGUUCAAGAGGAGGAAAAUCUACUGUCAGAUCACUCAGCACCUGCUUCAGAACCACCAGAUGUGGCAGAAAGUGAUUGAGGAUGAGGAGAGGUUAGCUGGGCCAGAGAAGCAAGGCACGGAGCAAUCCCCACUGCACCAACCCUCAGAACAAAUCCAGGCCAUCAGGGAGGAGGAGGAGGAGAAAGGGAAGGCCAAGAAGGACGAAGAGGAGAACACAACUGUAGAACCAAACCAAUGACAAUAUUUACAGCAGUAUUUUAAGACAGAUUGACUCGUGCACAGACUCUUUCUCAAGCCAGCACAGCAUUUAGACACAACACUGUAGAAGUAUGGGAUAAUGCGCCUACAGCUGUUAAUUUGUUUCUCUUUCCUUUUUAUGGUGAGGUACAUUGUUUAAAACUCCUAUGCUCAAGGAAGCUUUCACACUGCAACACCGGCUUUACAGACUUUCUUUGAAGAGAUUUGGGGGUGGGUGGAAUUAUAUAAAUAUAUAUAAAUAUAUAUAUAUAUAUAUAGCCAGGGUUAUUGGCUGCACACUUCAGCAAAAUACAUUUAAUGAUAUAUUAUGGUCACUGUGAUAUUUACAGGAGAAAGUUGUCUAAGGAAAUGCUGCUUCUGAAGCACAUUUGCAGUUAACAGUAAGGUACCAGUUAAGUAGCUUUUGCUCUUAAUGCUGAGGGAUAAAAGUUCCAAAGCUUUAGAUGAAUGCUGAUAUAUCCUGCCAACACACAUGUGUGAGUGAGGGGGUGUUUGCAAGUGUGAGUGGACGUGAGGAAGCACAGCAUGGUCUGAGUUCUUACCACACUAGCUGUAGCACAUGUCCCACUAUACCACAACAAACCGAAGGCCAGAAUUUUAGAGAAUUCGUGCCUGCAAGGGAACAAUUUUGAGGAGCUUUGCUUUUCCCAUAGCCCUCCAACACCAGUUUGCACUCCAGCUGUGGGCAGCAGGCCGCUGCUCUGGCCCUACCCGGAUGUGCGGGCACCUCCUCCUCCUCUUCCUCCUCCUCUUCCUCCUCCUUGGCACCUCCCAGACUUGCUGGCAAAAGGGAUGUGCCAGGAGGGCUGUUUCCAGAGCGGGAGCUGCAUGGCACAGGAGUCUGUUCCCCUGGAGAUGCCCUCCCUGGAGCUCUGCACGCGCGCUCGGGCAGGAGAGCACGGGGAGCUGCAGGCACUCUGCCCCUGCCUCUCUGGGCACCAAUGACCAAAUAUAUCCUUUCAGAACAAAGCUAAACUGUGGUGAAAGAAAGGAAAGGGAGCGUGGGGGCCAUGGCCUUCCCCAGAAAAAGGCAAAGGGUGCAUCAGGAGCUGCAUGGGGGGCAGGUGCCGGUCCUGCGUGGGCCAGCAGCCACUCACAUGAGCUCCAGAGAACUUGGGUUUUCAGUGUGAGCAGCUUGUUGCUGGCAUUCUGCUUAGAAGCAGCAUGUUUGAUCCCACCAAUAUACUUUUUUCCUUCUUUUGUCUUUUUUUUUUCUUUUUUUCUUUUUUUCUUUUUUUUUUUUUUUUGAGAGAAAGAAAAAGAUCAGGCCUGUAAGAACAGCAGAUCUUUUUUGUUGUUGUUGUUGUUCUGUUCAUUUGUUUUUCUCUGUUGUUUAUGCUGUGAGCCAAAUGUCUAUUUAAAAGGUUGGGUAUUCACUUUCCAUAUUUUAUUUCACGAUAUAUUUGUCAAUGAUUAGCUAUCUAGAUGUAAAUAUGGAAAAAUUUUUAUGGGUUCCUGUAGAUAAUGAUAUCUUUAAGAAAAAAAAAAAAGAAAAAAAGGGAAAAGUUGUUUUGUAAAGAUAAUUUUUAUAAAAAUAAAUACAAAAACAUUUUUAUAGCCAUUUCCAAACCCCACAAAUAAAGUCUUGAGUAAUUUUUAUAGACCCCUCUGGGAAACCAGUGGUCUACAGGAUCAAGGCUUUAGAAUAUUAAUGCUCUUGGGGACUGCAGCACCAACCAGUACCCCACAAUUUAGAGAUUUGUCCCCACAGAAAGAGUUAUAUAUAUAUAUAUAUACAAGCUUCAGUAUCUCUCAGAAAUCCUUUGACUGUGUAUGCUUUUUCUACUUUGAUUCUGCAGCCCACUACCAAGAAGAGGGUUGCUUGUGAGAGUAAGAUUCCUUGUGAAAGGCAGAGUUUUUAGAAGUCCUUUCUGUAUUAAAUUUCUGUCAUUACACCCAUCACUUUUUGCUAUUGUUACACAUUCACCAAAUUUGAUGAUCUUGUUGACACCUCCCCAAAAUGUUGGAAAACAUUCUCUAUCAAAGCCACACGUGUGUGUUACCACUUCAGAGUUCCUUCUUGCUUUGCGUUUCUGUCAGAAUGAGGUUUUGCUCAAAGGAGAAUUUGGGGUUUUUAUGGGUUGCAUUUACCUGAUAUUGUCCUGUCCUACUCUUACCAGUAGAAAAUGUGUUUGUCUUUCAGCAGAGUGACCAGAGCAGGUUCUGAAUACUCUUAUCAGCAGGAAUAUUUAGGGAGUGUUUUUCAGUGAAAUCAGGAAAGCAAAGAUCCAAAUUGCAGUGCUGUUUUAAAGGGAAAGGACAUAGCAGAAUUCAUUCAAAAGAAAAGAGUUGUCUCCAAGAUCUCAGCAGGUCUCCACCAAUUCCAGCUUGCAUUGUUUUCAUGUCUCUUCAGUCACUUUGAUCAUUUUAUUUGGGCUUUUCUUGUACAGGUGAUAUGCAUACCUUAUAGUAUGAGAAGAAUUUAUUAUGCCUCAUUCUGUCCUUUAAAAAUUAAACUUACAGAGAUGUUUUAAAAUGUCACAUCUCCAAGCACUUCUUUCUUGAUUUUCAGUGCAUAAUCACUGCAACUGGAUUUUAAUGCUGGAUUUUAUAUUGCCUUUGCUGGAAGAUAAAAAAAAAUCCUAUUGCAAGUGUUAGUGGGUGGCUCGUUGGUAAAAUUAUGAAGAAUCAUUCAAGAAUGAGGCAAAAUCCUGUAAGUAGGGUUUCACAUAGUCCUCUGAACUGGCAUACAUAGGGUUGAAGAGAACUAAGAAUAAUUAAGAAAAGUUAUCUAAAAAUGUGCUGUAAUGAAACCGUUGUAUUUUUCUAGUCAUCAUUUUUUGGCCGCCAUUAAGUAAAAUUACUGUCAGCUUCUAAUUAGUAUUUCUGCAUUGGUAAGGCAGCUGUUAGAAAUUGAUACACCACUGCUACCCAAGCCUGUUCAUGGGGACAGUCAUUGAACUGGACCUUUAUGGUGAUGAAAUUGCUGACAGGCUUAAAAUCAGAAUGAUUUCUUUUAUCCAAACUAGGAAGAAAUUCCAGUGAAGAAGCUGAAGUAGCUGUGAGUGCUCAGCUUGGUAAGAGGUGAAUUUUUUUUCCCACUCCAAAGAGUUUGUAAUUUAAUUUCUCAGGUGGCCCCUCCUCAUGAAUCUGAUUGGCAGUCUUUGAUGUGCAUGUCUGGCAAGCAAUGAUCAGGAAAUCUCCAGGUUGGCUUAGAUGUAACACAAAAGAAAAUACCAGAGAGAUUUUAUGUCAAGAAUGUGAAAUGCUUUUUUUAGUAAAGCAAGGAUGGUUUUUCAACAGUUUUUAUUCUGACAUCAUGUGUGAGGUUCUCUCUGCAUCAUCAUCAGCCUAAACAUAGAUUUAGGUCUUUACCAUUAGUGUAUCACUGUUAGAAUUUCUUAAGAUCCUGGUGGUCUGAAUCUGCAAGAAAGAUAAGGCUAUAGAGGUUCAAAUAGAUGCUUUUAAAGGUAUCAUUUGGCAUCUGAGGAAAUUUCUCUCCUAAGUCCCAUUCUAUGCAUUCCAUGCUGGACAUGAAGUUCAUUUGUUUCCUUUAAAAAUUCUAAAUUUCUCUUGGCUUUUUUGCUAGAUUUUCUUUUUCUUUCUGAAAUUGUGGCCCCAUCUUUCUUCAGAAAUGCCCUGGAAAGUAGAAUGCAGUGUGAAGAAGGCAAGGAUCUUGCCAAAUUGAGCAUGAGUCAGUGGCAGAGCCCAUAAGGACUCUGUGUGGGCACCCAGUGCUGCUGAUCUGUGAGCUGAGCAGGUGUGGGGUAGCUGUCAGCAACCUGAGCCCAGCUGGACUUGGAACCCCAGGGAAUUUUGUCAAUUUUCAAAAUGAAUCCUAAGAAAUUUUGAUUAAACUUAGCCAUAAGUCUAAGGCAGCAAAAGGUUUGUGGUCCUGGGUGUUAAUGAAGUUCUUGUGCAAAGUCUACACAAGUCCUGUCACUAUUGAGAUGCUCCAACACCACGUGUUUAGGGAAGGUUUCAAAUUAAGGAUGAGAAGUUGGUGAGCAUCCCAUGGGCAGAAGAUGAGACAGAAGCACAUUCCCAGAGGGAGGAAUACACUCUGGAAUGCCUGCUCUCCCCAGCCUCAGCCCAGGAUGUUGGCCUCAGAACUUGGCUGUUCCUCAGCUGACAGCUCAGGGCUGGGGUCAUCACUCCUCCAGUUGAUGGGGUUGUACUCAUGCAGGAGGGAAGUCAAGCCAGCAUUUUGUGGGGAAGAGAAAAGGAAAUUAUAGUCCAGUAUCAAAAAGGUAUUAUAAAACAAAAUUUAUUUUCCUUUUCUUCCGAAAGCAAAUGUAACCCUGCUGAAAUGGAGUAAACAGAGAGUUUCUGGGAGUUCAAUUGCUGUUUGAUGUUGCAGUAUUAGUCAAAAUUAUGGCACUUUUUAAGAAAAGAUAAUUAUUCCCAUUAAUUCAAGCAGGGGAAUCUUUUUUUUUUUUUUUUUUCAGUGUAUCAACAAGUAAGAAUGUCCAGGGAUCUCAGAGAAAAAUACAUGUUAAGUGAUUCUGAACAGAUGAAGGAAUAACAGAAAUAAGAUGACAGCUGUCUUAAGACAGCAUUGGAAGAGCUUGCAAAAUUAUUGAUUAUUGGAGUCAGACUUUGAUUGAAAGCAAAAUAGCACCAGUACUUUUGAGAGCAAUUUAUUAUGAUAAAUCUUUCUUUGAAUUCCAUCACUUUCUUUUAACAAAACAACAUUCCUCUGCAGGUAAAUCAAAGCAGGGUUUAGCCCCUGCUGUGGUAGAUACCGAGUCCCAGUGUUGGAGGGAGCAGUGUGAGAAUUAUUCUCCAUUUACAACCUAGUUAUGAUUCAUUCAGAGGUCAUUAGUGGGAUUUUCCUGGCAGGCAGGUGUUCCUUUGAUGAAAAAUGCAUCACACCACCUCUGUGGGAUGGAGAUGUCACCUGAGUGAGCACCUGCCUGAGCUCUUGGGACCAUCCAGGCUCCUCAGGAGCCUGGGGACAGAACAGUGCUGGUGUAUUUCUAGAGAGUUCAUUUUCACAAUGACAAAAGGGGGCAAGAGCCAGUUAACAAUACUUCUUUGAUCAUUAUUUUGCAUUCUGAAACUCUGCAGUGUCCCUUAAGGCGUGUGCAGACAUUCCCCUGAGUGCUUGCUCCUGUAAAACUGCUGGUGAGUUCAGGUAAAACCAGCUGGCCUUGGAUGUGGUCUGGCAAGCUGAAGGAUGUAGCAAAUCAAGAAGAAUUUUUGACUGAACUUGUCUCAUUCUCCUUCAUUAAGGAAAACUUUGCUUGGUGCAAGAGGAGUUAAAAAAAAGGAAAAAAAGAAUAUUUCAUUUGAGCUUUUCAGGUGGCUGUGCCAGUGGUUCCUUGCUUCCAAAGCUGUGUGUGUAUGUCUGAGAUGUGGGAAUGGGGCAGCAGAGGAGAAUUUCUCUGCCCUGGAUGCCAGAGGAGUCUCUGUGCUCCAGGGAGCACCACUGAAAUCUGCAGGUGUGGAAAGAGGUGUAUCCAAGCAGUGAAUUAGCUGGGGAAACACAAAUAGUUCUGUUUUCUGUGUGGAAGCAUGGGAGCAGGUACGCAGGACUUUGCCACAGCUGCAGGCCAUGUGUCCUUUUAUGACUGAAUUCUCUUGUUCUGAGACAAAUCCAUAGAAAUCAGAUCAAAUAAUAGCUCAUUUUCAACGCCGUCUUCCUCUACUGCAGCGAACGCUUUGAAACAAUUGUGAAUUAUCAACUGCUCUUGGCUUUUAAGUAUUUAUUUAAAGGAGUUGGGAGGUCUUGGUGGUACCUUUUUUUUUUUUUCCUCCUCUGACCCUAGUCAUUUUUCCCCCAUGCUUUCAUAAAAACAAAUAAAAAAGCUCUGUGAUCUGGUCAGAGAGAAAACAGUGAAGGGUUUGCCGUGUGUGUACAUACUGCUUUAGGUAGAAAGCCUGCUGAAGUCUGUUAAAGCUGACUCUCCUUUUCAAAAUUCCUGCCUGAUCCUGAAACACAACAAGAACCUAUAUUCAAAUGCAAAAUGUUGAUUAGUAGAUGUUUGUAAACCUUGAACAGUACUGCAGGUGGUGUCCCAAAAGAUCAAAGGCAACCUGAAUAACUGCUGUGUGAUGUUGAUGGUAUCUUUAAUAUUUCAACCAUGUCAACGUACUUUUGGUCAUUGCUUUUCUAAAGUUAAGUCUUCUUCUCUUGAAUAAUCAAUAUCAGAUGUUUGCAUGAUGGAAAGUAAUUUAAGUUCACUUUUAAAAAAGCCGUGAUUCAUACUGUGGGUUACAUUUGUUUAACAGAUUAACAUUUUCACUGAUGGGUGGCAGUUUUUUUUUCUUUUUAGUGCUUUUGAUAGAAGAACAUCUAGGAUAUUUUCCAACAAAACCACAUUUUUUUCACCUUUGCCUCCAGUUGUGGAAGAAAUACCUUUCAAAAAUAAUUCUUUUCGUAUACAGUUUGGCCUGUCUGGGUAACAAUAUGCAUGUAUAUCAUGCAGAAGAUGUGACUGAAAAAAUUAAAAAUCCCAUUUUGGUAAAGUAAUCAAGAAAUUAACCUAGCAAGAUUUCAACCCUUUCCGUAUUAAAAUCUUGGGUGUGCCAAUAUAAUUGAAGCACUUGACUCCCAACAGAUUUGAGGGCCAAAUUAUACAUUUUUUUAAUUUUAAAAUUGAAAGCAGGCCAGACAAAUUUCUUUUUACUUCAGGAAACACUGAGAAAUUUGGUCAUCUUACAUCCUGUCCUGUGGGGUUUGACUCCUGGCCUGGGACCUUGGGGCAAAAUCAUUUUAAUGAUGCUUAUUCAAUCUCAGCUAUGGUAGCAAGUUUCCACAAAUCACUCAUGUACUACAAAUUUAAUCCCUCCUUGAUUUUUUUUUCACUUCAAAAGGUGAGAAAAAGGUGGAGGGAGUGUAAUUUUAUAUGGCUCUAUUUGAAAAGGGUUUUGUGUACCUUUAUAGUUCUUUUGAAGCAAUAUUUUAAAAAAUAACUGCCAGCCAAAGUGGCAAUGCAGAAAAGUGCCAUCUUGUUUAGGAUUUGUACACGCCAGUUUUUAACACAGUGUUCUUUUCACUAAGUACUACAUACGUUAAUUUAUAUUUAUAUAUUGUCAAUAUUGUUGUAACCAAGCUUCUCCUUUCUAAACACUUCAGGAACAAGGCCUUGUAUUUUUAGGUGAUUUUCAUAAACAGAAUAAUUCUUUUCCUUUCACUAGUAUCUUGCACUCGAUACAUGUAGCAAUACUUAAUAUAUUCUCUUCACAAGUAUUUGUUAAGUGAUUUAGUUAAUGGCUGAUAAAUGUUUUGUACAAAAUAGAUUCUGUACAGGAAAAAAAAAAUCUUUUAGAUAAACAUUAUUUAUUUUUACUGUUUUGUAAGUUAGACACUAUAAUGAAGCUCCUUUUUGCCAGAAUUACUGGAAGUGCCUCUUGGUAAAAUGUAUUAUACAGUAAAUAUGUAUUCAAAAUUAUUAGAAAUACUUGUCACAAAAUGAACAAUGUGGAUGUUGCAAUGUGAAGACAAAUGUACAACAUAAAUAUAAUUCUGUGGUAUCCUG